CUUAAAUAAAGAUGACUAGUGUGAAAGUGGCUGUACGUGUCCGCCCAUUUAACGGAAGAGAAAAGAACAUGUCCUCGAGAUGUAUCAUAGAAAUGCAGGAUAAUAUGACCAAGAUUACUGACCCAGAUUCAGGAAAAGAGAAAUAAGUUCUACUUCGAUUAUAGUUACUGGAGUCAUGACGGCUACACUGAAGAUUCCGAAGGAAUAUUAUCCCCUAAUGGACCAGGAUCCAACUAUGCCGACCAGGAUAAGGUAUUUAAUGACCUAGGAAUUGGUGUACUUGACAACGCCUGGAAGGGAUACCACACUUGUUUGUUUGCAUAUGGACAAACUGGUAGUGGCAAGAGUUAUUCAAUCGUUGGCUAUGGAAAGAAUGAAGGAAUUAUACCGAAAGCUUGUCGUGAAAUAUUCGAAAGAAUAUCAGAUGCAAGAGCGAAGCCCUCAAAUAUUACUGAAUUUCAAGUUACAAUUUCUAUGAUUGAGAUCUAUAAUGAGAAGGUUCAUGAUCUCUUCCAGCCUCCUAAUAAAAGAGAGAAAGCUGGCCUCAAAGUCAGAGAAAAUAAAGGAGAAGUUUUUGUCGAUGGUUUGAAAAAGGUUCCUGUUGAAUCAUAUGAAGAAAUAGAAAAACAGAUUAGUAUAGGAACAUCUAAUCGUACAAUAGCUUCUACUAAUAUGAAUAGUACUUCUAGUAGAGCUCAUACUGUCACUACCAUCACUUUUAAGCAGACAGUUAUGGAAAAUGGCAAACCGACCAACCAGAAAAGAUCUGAUAUCAACCUCGUAGAUCUUGCUGGAAGUGAGAGACAGAGCGGAACAGGAGCCACUGGUGAAAGGUUAAAGGAAGGGUCUAAUAUCAACAAAUCUCUAUCUUUCCUGGGAAAAUGUAUUACAGUUCUUGCUGAGAAGUCUACUGGUAAAUCCAAGGGAAAAGUUGUUGUCCCAUACAGAGAAUCUCAGUUAACCAGGAUCCUUCAGAACGCUCUUGGAGGAAACUCUAAAACAUCAAUGAUUGCUGCUCUUUCUCCUGCUUCUGUAAAUUACGAUGAGACCUUAUCGACUUUGAGGUAUGCUAAUCAGGUAAAAGCAAUUAAAAAUGUUGCCAAGAUUAACGAAAGCGCUCACGACAAGCUGAUCAGAGAACUUAGGGAAGAAAACGAACGAUUGAAGAAAAUGAUGGAUAAAAAUGGUGAUCCCAGACAAGAUCUUAUUAGCUUUAAUGAUAACUUCUCCGAUAAAUGCUAUCUCAUGAAUAUUAACGAAGAUCCUCUGCUUACUGGUCAGGUAAAGCAUAUCCUCGAGGAAGGCAAGAAUUCAGUCGGAAAAGCUACCAGAGAUAGUAGUGUAGACAUUAAAAUAGGUGGAACUGGUAUUGGUAAAAAACACUGUGGAAUUCAGUAUGAUAAAGGCAGUGGGGUUGUUUCCUUGAUUCCUAACGAUGAAGAUCCACAGAAAUACAAAACAGUUCUCAACGGAGAGAUGGUUGACAGUAAAGUUCAGCUCGCUCAUAGCGAUAAGGUCCUAUUCGGUAACCACAACCUCUUCACAAUAAUAUUCCCUGGCCAGGAAGUUGGAGAUGAUGAGACUGAUUAUGAAUCUAUUAUGAAAUUCAUGAACAAGGAUGCUAUCAAUCAGUUCACAGACGGCACUUCAGACAGAGAAAUUGAAGAACAAAUGGAGAAAAUGAGAAGGAAGAUGGAGGAAGAGAAAGCAGAACUAGAUGCCAAACUGAAAGCAGAAAAGGCAAAAAUGAUCGAACAAAAGAAGAAACUUGCCAAACAAAUGGAAGCUCAAAGACUCAAGCUUCUAGAAGAAUAUAAAUCUCAGAAAGAUAGUGAAGAAAGAGCUAAGCUCCAGGAGGAGCUCAAGAAGCAGCAAGAGGAGACUGAGAAGAUCAAGAAGGAACAGAAAGAGAAAGAGAAACAAUUUGAAGCUGAGAAGAAGAAAGCUCUGAAGGAGAUGGAGGAUAAGAAGAGAGAAGACCAUAAGAAGGAAAUGGAGUUGGUUCAGAAAAAGGAUCUUGAGCAGAAAUUAACUAAGCUCAUCCCACAGCUGAAUGAGGUCAAUGAGAUUUGCCAUAAUUUAGGAAGAUAUACCUAUGCUUAUGAGCCCCAUAUUAUAACAGAUAUUCUUCCAGAUGGAAGAAGAGUGCCAAAAGCAGUGGUAAAGGCGUAUCCUGAUUCUGAGAAAAGCUUCUAUAAUGUUCUGUCUUAUGAUGAAUUUGAAGAUAAAAUGUAUCGAAUCAAAGAAAAAUGGGAGAAUGUGCAGUAUGAUAUCGAACAUGGAGAUUCAAACGCUGAACUAGAACUUGAGCCAGACGAAAAAGAAGCUGAUAUUUUCGGGCUUUCGAUAUCAAAUGACGAUAAACUUAUUGGAAAUGUCUAUAUCUUCUGUGACUCUAUAGCUUCACUGCUAGAGACCUCACAAGAUAAGGCUCCAAUUAUCAAUGCAAAGGGUGAAAAUAGAGGAUAUCUGACUUAUAGUUUAUCUCCUAGUGCCUUUGAUGAUAUGGGAGGAAAUUUAAACCUGAACCACUACGAGAGCAUAUCCUCUCUUCUUAAUAAAACUCUGAAUGUGGAUUUCAAAAUUCAUAAAAUCGAGGAUGUUCCUGAGAAAUAUUCUCACGAGGUCUACUGUACAUAUCAGUGGGUAGAUGAAUCAGCUGAGAAGUUUGAAACUCACAAGGAGCCUGACGUCUCAAAGUCAGAUUUUAACUAUACUGCAAACCAUGAUUUGUUUAUUAGUAACUAUGUUGCAGAAAACCUGCAGUACUCGAUCUUCAUGAUAGCUGUCUACGGUAAACUCCCUGACAAAGAGAUGAAGGGUCUAGUUGAAGGAUUUGCAGCUAGGCCUCAGACAGCUGCCCUGCUUAAGAACAACAAUGACAACAACGAGGAUGAACCCUUCUAUGAAGAAAAAGGAGGAGACCAAGAAGUAAUGAAACUUGACGACGGAGAAAAACCCGGAUGAUAUGGAGAAGAAAAUGAAAGAAUUAGAGAAGAAGCUCAAAAAGAUCCAGAAAGAAAAUGACAAAUUGAGAAAAACUAAGGAUACAGCCAGAGGGAGUAGUUCCUGUUGCGUUAUAUUCUAAAAU